AUGUCGUACGCACUUCAAGGACUCACCGGCAGUCAGGAAUCUCGUCACGACGGUUCAUGGACACCAGAUACCUCGUCCGAGAUGUCGGAUCCAGAUGGCGCGACUCUACUGAAGCCUCAGUCGACAGAGGUCCCGUCAGGCGGUAGUACGCCCGCCAUAUCCUCGGACGCCGACAGCCUCGAAGUUUUGGACAACGAAGAAGAAAAAGAAGUGAACACUACCAAGCGCAGGAAGAGCAUACAGGUUGUCAUCGAAGAGUCGAGCAAGAAAGGAAAAUACACUGUCACGACGAAGGACCCUGUUCUUCAGGAUAUUAUGCUAUCCGCCAUGCAUCGAGAGACCGAACAGCGCGGCGGGAAGCGGAAUCACAGGUUUCGAGAUCUCGCCUUCACCAAGCAGUUCACGACAUUCGACCGUCAAAAUCCCAGCGCAUCGCAAUCCCCCUUCCAUGGCUUCUUUACACUAUUCUGGAUCGCGAUGGUCUUACUGCUUGUAAGAAUUGCUGCAUGGAAUUAUAGGACUCUAGGCUCGGUUUUUGGGAGAGCAGAAAUACUGCACCUGAUGGUUGACCGCGAUCUAUUCGCAAUGCUGGCUACCGAUGCGUCCAUGUGUGCUGCAAGUAGCUUUGGAUUCUUCUUGCAUCAGGGAAUCGCCAAGAGCUAUCUUACGUGGGAUGGAUCAGGAUGGAUUAUCCAAUCUGCCUGGCAGACAUUUUUCACUGGGAUCAUAAUAUGGAUCACGUUCUGGCGCGACUGGCCGUGGACGCACACCGUUUUCGUUGUGCUGCAUGUAUUCGUCUUGCUAAUGAAGCAACACUCAUAUUCGUUCUACAACGGCUACUUAUCCUGCGUAUACCGGCGGCGCAACCUCAUCGAACAGAAACUGCGUCAAUUAGACGGAAUCAAUGCACAAGAAAGCUCUUCGCCAAAAUCUCCCGAGGCACAGAUGCCAACUACCACCGGUAGUGAUCGGCCCGGGCGCGAUGGCCUUCUACAGCGCCGACAGAGUUAUGGUCCCAAGCACUCAACAAAUCUUUCCACAGAAGUAUCAAAGAUUGCAACCAUUGGCCAAACUAUCGAAGCUGGCAAGCCCCUCGAUGCAGAUCAAAUCCAGGACUUUCGUCGCAUCCUUACUACCGAGCUCACGAUUCUCGACGAAGAACUUCGUGGCAAGUGUAAGACGCUCGACAAUGCUUACCCGAAAAAUCUCACCCUUUACGACUUUGUCGAAUGGACCUGUCUUCCUACCCUCGUAUACGAACUCGAAUACCCCCGACAGGAACGAGUGAACUGGUGGUACGUAGCAGAAAAGUCGGCUGCAACCUUGGGAGUCAUCUGGAUCAUGAUCAUCAUCUCACAAGCAUACAUGUAUCCUGUCGUCGUAGAAACGAUCAGACAAAAAGAAGAUGGGAUGUCGCUCGAUGAACGGUGGCAAGAGUUUCCGUGGGUCGUGGGCGACCUACUGUUUCCUAUGCUACUCGAGCAACUCCUCGCAUGGUACGUCAUUUGGGAGUGUCUUCUCAACGUUCUCGCCGAGGUCACACGCUUUGCAGACCGCGGAUUCUAUGGCGAUUGGUGGAACAGUGUGUCGUGGGAUCAGUAUGCGCGCGAUUGGAACCGACCUGUGCACAACUUUCUGCUUCGCCAUGUUUACCACUCGUCGAUUUCCUUCUUUCGAUUUUCCAAGUUGCAAGCAACAUUCUUCACCUUCUUGCUCAGCGCAGUCGUACAUGAGGUUUUGAUGUUCUGUCUGUUUCAGAAGGUCAGAGGGUAUCUGUUCACGUUUCAGUUGGCGCAGUUACCACUCGCGGCGCUGAGCAAGACAAAGUGGAUGAAAGGGAGAGAUACACUAGGAAACAUCAUAUUCUGGUUCGGGUUGUUCAUUGGGCCGAGUCUGAUCACGAGUUUAUAUCUGAUCGUAUGA